GUCGACGAUGGAAGAAGCGUUCCUGAAUUGGGAAAGAAGACGAGACUGCUGAGCGUCCCAUCUCUCCAUUUCAUCCUUGACCCUUCUGAAUCGCUGCUGAUACUUCUUCACCAUUCCCUCCAUUGCUACUCUGCUGGCCCGCGUAAACCCGCCAAAUCCCCCAAAUUACAUAAACCCUACUGCUUGUUAACGUAUUAUAUUAUUACUGCAACCGUGCGGCGCUGUGUGUUAAAUGACGGGAAUGCCACUGAAGUUCAAAAGCUUUUCUCUUUACCAAAUAGGACUGCCCGCUAGAUCCCAAAUUCCCAACAGUCUCCGAGUAAGUAGGAGAAUCCAUGGCGGAAUUGGCGAGGACGGAUGAAAUCGAGAUGGAGGUGAAGAAAACCGAUGAGAUGGCGGAGCUCGAGGUUGAAGAGAAUCAGUGGGGCGAACCAAUAGAAGACUUAGAAGGAGAGGAAGAUCGGAAUAAAGCUGUCAUGAAGCUUCUGGAUUCCAUGGAUGGCUACUUAACCCAAUUCAAUUCUCUGUCUUCUACGCUUCGUCAGGGAUGGCUGGACUUGGCGAGCGCCAGGCAUUCCAUGGGCACUUCACGCAUCAAUUACACCUUGUUAGACCUUAAAGAACACCCAGCUUCUACUUCAUUGCGGGUCAUCUCAGAUGAUGAUGACGAUGAUGUAGAUGAUUCGACAAGGAAGCAGAAACCACGAUUUCAGUUGCGGAAAUGGGGAUCCUUGGACAACCAGACUUUCUCUGCUGAGAAGCUAAGGUCAAAGGAGGAGCAUGAGGAAUCAUCAGGCAGCUUAAAGCAAAGACAUCGUGGCGAUUCCCAGCUUCCUGAAUGUGCUAGUAAGCCCGACGACGGAGCUCAGGUCCAGAUUGAUGACAAGGUAAAGAACGAGCGGUCGAAAUCCCUUGCCGUGUUUGGAACACUGGUUUCUCCAAAGCUUCGAGCUUCCCAACUGUCAUUUGAGAAAGCAAUUGAGGCGAUUGUAGAGAUAGCUAAUCUUCGUUCGGAGAUCCUUGCUGCAUCGGAUCAAGUUCAGAGGAUAUUGGAGGGUGCCAAGAAGGUCACAUAGAGGAUGAUAAUCAGUGCAGGAAAUUUUGUCCUUGAACUCCAAGAGAGACUACAAGAAAGGAGUAAAGGAGACUCGAGCCUUGAAUGAGAUAGAAGAACCCCGAGAUUGAAUCAUUUUUCAUUAUGCUAGGCUUCUAUGAAAGUGAUCAUGUUGAGUAAAAGAGAGAAGAUUCUGCUAAGAUCAUGUUGAUCAAACAUUGUCAAUCUACAAUGUCUUAUGUUUUUCAACGAUCAACCGAGACAUUAACUUAUUUGAACACUCCCCCCU